ACAUUCGUUUCAGUGGCAUACCGAACCUCUUCCCGAUCGCGCAAAAACGUCUUGAAUUUCGAGCCAGUUCACUUAGUCCGCGACGACCAGUAGGGUUAUUACCACCCGCGUUCAAAUCCCGCCAGAGUAUUCAACCGCCGUGGCUACAACAAAAGAGACGCAGGUACGGGUUAUUUACUCAUGUGAAAUCGUUUUCAACGUAAUUUUACACGCGUGUGUGAACCGCGAUUCACUGGUCUAGCAAUAUUGGAUUCGUCCAUCUCGCACGCAGACGGGUUUUGACGAGAACAAUCGAUUCUUCUAUACAAUAUAUUAUAUAAGCAGAUGGCGCUAAAGAUAUGGACAUUUCUGUUAGUAAUGUCGCUGCCGGCUGCUGAGCGUGGACGCGGUUUCGGUUCAUUGGCGGCUACAGUAUUGGGCAAUAUCGAUUACUACCAAAUGCAACAAAAACUGUUCGGUAUUAACAGUAUCAGUGACGGUGACGAUUUAAUAACUCGGCCUGUUGCGCAGCCACCGAUCCCGUGGCCGACUGGCCACCGGGUGGACAAGCGGGCCGCCCCGAAGAUAACCAACAAGAACCCGUACGCGGCGGCCGCGUCUUCGACCGCGCCGUUGGCCGACGGCCGGUGCAUGGCCCGCGUGCAAUCCGCGCUCGGCGACAUGAUGUCUGCGGCGACGGGCGCCAAAAACGGGAACCGACGUCACACCGCCGUCCCGCCGCAGUCGUUGCCGCCCGGUUUCAUGGACCUGUCCGGUUACGCGCUGCACCAGCGGUUGCGGACCGCGCCCGGCGCCGAGAUGUACGUGACCGGGAUGCGCGCCAAAGUGAUGCCGCCGCGCGACGCGGCCGCCGCCGCCUCGGAAUCCUUGCCGAACGGCGCCGACGGCGUGCUUGGCGACCGUACGUGGGCUCGGGUUGACGAGUGCCGGUACGAUCCGCUUGGCAACACGCUCGAGGCGCGCAUGCGGUUCGGCCGCACGCUCAUGGUGUCGGGCUCGGUGCGGCUGUUGUACGGCGGCGGCGGUGGCGGCGUCGGCGGCGUCGGCGGCGAAACCGGAUGCGACAUGACGCUGCGUCUCAGGCCCCGCGCCGGUUUGGGAUUCACGGCCGCGCCGCUCACCGUGCCGGAAAAAUCACCGCCCAACCGCCUGACGGCCAUGCCGACGAUGACCAUACGCACCACGGCCACGUUCAUCGACCCCGAACCGGCCGACGACCCGGCCGGCGCGUACGUGAGCGUCCACUCUUACAACUGCGUGGGCGGAGCCGCGGGAUUCCCCGGCAACAGGGAACGGCCGGUGGCGGCGGCCGCUUCGUCCGACCGUUACGAACAGUUCUUGUCGUCCGAAUUGGGCAGCGACACCAGCAACGAACUGCUGCAGUCGGCCGGCAGCGACGAAUCCGACGCGGACGACGGCGCCGGCAGCGCGGAAUUCAGCGGUUUCGGCGACGAGCGCAGCGGUCGGCGCCCGUCUUCUCCGUCGUCGUCGUCGUCGUCGUCGUCCGGCGAAACCACUACACCCGCCAACAGUAGCCCGCCCGUUUCGGCGGACUUGCCCUACGUCUCGGCCGGCUUCGUCAACCCACCGGCACCCAGCCCGGAACCCAGACUCCACAGAAUACAGUAUCACAACAAACUGCCGCCCCAGCACCCGCUGUUGACCAUCUCGUCCGCCACCGUCCCCGCCGCCAACAACCCACACCACCAGCAGGUGCAGGACCAACUCCUCAUGGAAAUGGAAGACGUGUUCGUCCGCGGAGUCCGGUCACUGUUGGCCAAGCACAUGGAACGCACCCUGAAACCCGUCCUGAAGGACUCGCUCAUGGCCAACAUGGGCUACACGGUGUCGUACGGUUGACGUAUUGUUGUGAGGUUAUACGAUACGUACGUGCAUAGUAUGCAUUACCUGAUUUUUUUUUUUUUUUGAUUUUUUUUAUAUAAUUUAUACAUAUAUUUAUAUAUAUAUAUAUAUAAUAUAUAUACAUACUUUAACCGAUUAGUCAAUAUCAUAUAAUGCGAUAACUUAUUUUGAAAUAUUUAUGUUUAACGUAAUAUUUAACAAUCAAUUCCGUCUGUGUUGCUGUAAAACAAUACUAACGAUGGAAGUCGUGUCAAACGUAUUAUUAUGUUGCAAUAUUAUUAUGUAAGGUGUUAUUUAUAUCGUAUACACAAAUUAUUUAGACUCCGCUAUGGAGAAUGCGUCAUUAAAACAAUAAAAUACAUCAUCAUACUUUAAUAUCAUAUAAAAAUAAAUUCUAAAAACCCUCGUACGGUUAUGUCACGAUGGUUAUUGAAGCAAUAAGACACGUUAGAUUGAUGUAAAAAGAUUACUAGCAAAAAUGCACUUUUUAUAUUUGUGACCAAAUCGGUUUUUGUAAUAACACAUUAUUAAACUAUCAAUAUUAUGUCA